UUUUAUCCCUCCAUCCAAAGAGCAUUUCCUUCUCAUCUCCUCCCCCCCCUCAAUUCCAAGUCCCUCUUCAAAAAAUCUUGUGGCUCUUCUCCCUCAGCAAACUCUCUCUCUCUCUCUCUCUCUCUCUCUCUCUCUCUCUUAACCCAACUCAAAACCCAAAUCAAUCUCUCACCUGCCUUUUCUCCCCCUAAAGACCCAUAAAAAACCCUCAUGCCCCGAAGCCAUGCCCUCCUCUUCAAUCACCCAAGAACCCAUCACCAUUCUCGACCUCAUCUCCCUCCCCUUCAUCCCAAACUCAUGCUCUCCCUCUUCUCUCUACAAGAAACCCAGAACACCCACCAUCUCCUGCACCCUCAAGAACAACCCAUCUUCAAGGCUCCAGUCUCUGUGCAAUGAGUUCAAUAGGUUCAUUAGAACCCAUUGUGAGAGAUCCCCAAUCGGCUUCGGGUUUGCUUCUGUUCGGGUUCCGGGCGAGGAGACCCGUACUGGAGAGGACGGGCCGAAUGGCGUUGUUGAGGAUGAUGGGGGGAUUGUUAAUGGGCUGGGGAGUGAGAGGGCGAAGAAAGUUUUGAUCUUGAUGAGCGAUACUGGUGGUGGGCAUCGGGCUUCGGCUGAGGCGAUUAAGGCCGCUUUUAAUCAGGAGUUUGGGGAUGAGUAUCAGGUCUUUGUAACUGAUCUAUGGACUGAUCAUACUCCCUGGCCAUUUAAUCAAUUGCCAAGGAGUUAUAACUUCUUGGUAAAACAUGGAGCAUUGUGGAAAAUGACAUACUAUGGAAGUGCUCCAAGAUUAGUGCAUCAGCCACAUUUUGCAGCAACAUCUGCUUUUAUAGCUCGAGAGGUAGCUAGUGGACUGAUGAAAUACCAGCCGGACAUUAUUAUUAGUGUGCAUCCUCUGAUGCAGCAUGUUCCUCUACGAAUUCUGAAGGCAAAAGGUCUUCUUGACAAGAUUGUGUUCACCACAGUGGUAACAGAUCUCAGCACUUGCCAUCCAACUUGGUUCCACAAACUAGUUACAAGAUGUUAUUGCCCUUCUAAUGAGGUUGCAAAAAGAGCAUUAAAAGCUGGAUUGCAGCCUCCCCAAAUUAAGGUCUAUGGUCUUCCAGUACGUCCUUCUUUUGUUAAACCAGUCCGGCUAAAGGAUGAGUUAAGAAGGGAGUUAGGGAUGGAUGAACAUUUACCGGCUGUUUUGCUGAUGGGAGGAGGGGAAGGCAUGGGUCCUAUUGAAGCCACAGCACGUGCACUCGGCAACUUAUUAUAUGAUGAGUAUUUUGGAGGUCCUAUAGGUCAGAUACUUGUCAUAUGUGGCCGGAAUAAAAAGCUUGCUAAUAGACUGCUUGCAAUUGACUGGAAGAUCCCUGUGCAGGUGAAGGGUUUUGUUACUAAAAUGGAAGAAUGUAUGGGUGCUUGCGACUGCAUUAUUACUAAGGCAGGUCCGGGGACUAUUGCAGAAGCCAUGAUUCGUGGUCUCCCCAUUAUUCUAAAUGAUUAUAUUGCAGGCCAGGAAGUUGGCAAUGUACCUUACGUUGUAGAAAAUGGAUGUGGAAGAUUUUCAAAAUCACCAAAAGAGAUUGCAAAAAUAGUUGCGGAAUGGUUUGGUCCAAAAGCAGAUGAGCUCAAAAUUAUGUCUCAGAACUGUUUGAAGCAAGCAAGGCCAGAUGCUGUGUUCAAAAUUGUUCAUGACCUCGACGAGUUGGUCAGGCAAAGAAAUGCUCUUGUGCCUCAACUUUCAUGUGCAACUUGACGUCAAAAACUUUUGAAAUUUUGGUUCUCUUAUCAAUUUCAUUACACAGUGGCUACUGCCUUCUUGUUAGUUUACGGCCUAUUGGGUAAAAUUUGCAUUUACAUUGAA